GCGCUUUAUGGCCGCGAGCAUUUGAUCUUUUUCUAAGCCUGGAGACACAAAUGCAUCUUCUAGGCGCAAGAUCGAUCAUAUUCAUUUGAUCACUCCGCACUCCUCCUCUUCCGGAACUCUUUCCUACCGUGGCGGGUAGAUUCUGGCGCAGGAGGGCAAAAGCAUCAUCCAUUGAUCCGCGUCCGCAAUUACAACAUAUCCGCGCACCUUUACGACUAUUGUGAUUUCAUCUGGUGCGCUCCGCUGGUAGCCUGGUUUUCGGAGCUAAACACGCUCUUCUUUUCUAACCGUUGCAAGCGUAUUUUUUCGACCAAAGUUAGGCUUCCUUGGCGCGUCGGCCUGAGGUUGUCGGACGCAAUACACGAUGAGCUCCAGUAAAGACAGUUGGCCGCCUUCAGCUGGCGCUGGCUCAACGGGGGCUCCUCAGCAUACUGAUGGCGGUCAACAUCAGCACCAACGUCCACUGGGAGGAUUUGGUUCAAGUAGUUCUGGACAGCAGAAUUCGCCUGGUCAGCCAGGUGUUCCAGUGCUUCCUCCUCCUUCUGCAUCGUUUUUCUCUCCCACUCAACCUAACCCGCACUCGUUGCCCACCAUCGCGGGCUUGACCCAACCGCCCUCCGUAUCUCCUAGCCAAGGCCCGUCACAUACGCAGCAGCCGCAGCCGCAGCAACCGCCUCCACAACCAUUAGGGGGUGCUCCUCAUCACCCUGCGCAGCAGGGCCCCGGUUACUCUCUACCGGCCAUUGGGCAAGCCGUCCAAGCACCACCUUCGACGCAAACGAGUAUUGAUCGUGAACGUGAAAUGCGAGAUCGGGAACUACGAGAGAGGGACGCCAGAGAGAGACAGCGCCAGCAAGAAGAGGCCGCAAUGCGUGAGCGCGAUAUGAGAGAGAGGGAGCAUAGAGAAAGGCAGCAGCGUGAACAGCAUGUGCCUCAGCCACAUCAAAAUCAUGCUGGAUCUAUCCCGAUCCAUCAACCCGUGGCUUCCAAAGUUCCGACUGUCAUCCAUGGGCCCAACGGGAUACUCUCGAAUUUGGGAUCAAGCGCAGGGCCCACACACCCUAGCAGCCAUCUUGGGGGGCCAAGCAGCCAUGGUAGCGUGUUUGGGGGUCCGCCGCCUUCGCAGAUGGGCGAAGGGGCUUCGCGGUCCAUUAUGCAACAUCCUGGACAAGGGCCGCAACCAAAUCAGCCCCAGCAACAACCGCCGCAGGCUCAAGGUCAGCCACAACCGCAAAUGAUGGGCAUUGGCUCGGCUCAAGGUCCCCAUCAAAUGCCUGGUGGUGUUGCUGGUUUGCCGCAAGGGCAGCAGCCGAUUCUUAACGAUGCAUUGAGCUACCUUGAUCAAGUCAAAGUUCAGUUCGUUGAUCAGCCAGAUGUUUAUAAUCGAUUCCUUGAUAUUAUGAAGGAUUUUAAGAGUCAAGCGAUCGACACGCCUGGAGUCAUUGAUCGCGUUUCAACUCUCUUUGCCGGCCAUCCAAAUCUAAUUCAAGGAUUCAACACUUUUCUCCCUCCGGGCUACAGAAUCGAGUGCGGCACCGGAGAUGACCCAAAUGCGAUCCGGGUUACCACUCCGAUGGGGACGACGGUAUCCUCAAUGACGGCCGGGCUUCGGCCCCCAUCGAUACCUCCGUCAGGCAGUCUCGGCCCCGGCGCUGGCCCCCAUGUGGCGAGACAAGCUUACUAUGAUCAGGUUCCUCGUAGUGCCAGCACCGCCUGGGGACAAGGGCCUCACGGGGCAGGCGCCCCUCCAGGAAUUUUCGACCCGAGGGGACCAGAGCCAGUUUCUGCCUAUGGAUUAGUUGGUGGUCUCAGCCAUGGCGGCCAACCCGAAAGCCAAACUCAGCGAGAGCAACAGAUGAUUGCCGGUCCCUCAGCGGGCAUGUCUCACCAACAGGAACCCCGAGCAAUCACGCAGCUGCAGAACGCUGCCGCCGCCGUGCCCGGCGGAGCAGGGCCGAGGCAGGCAGUUAUGCAAGUUUCUCCUAACGGCGUGUCGGGAACCCCGCUACCUUCUUCUGUGGCAGGUGUUAAUGGGAUGAGCCCCGCUGGCCAAAGUGGGUUGCCCGGAUCUGAGAAGAGAGGCCCAGUUGAAUUCAAUCAUGCCAUUAGUUACGUCAACAAGAUCAAGAAUCGCUUCGCCUCUCAACCUGAGAUAUACAAACAGUUCCUAGAGAUUCUUCAAACAUACCAACGGGAAUCGAAGCCUAUUCAAGAUGUCUAUGCUCAAGUUACACACCUCUUCAACUCCGCUCCGGACUUGCUGGAAGAUUUUAAACAGUUCCUGCCCGAGUCGGCGGCCCAGGCCAAGGCCCAGGCGGCGGCGAAGCAAGCUGCAGAAGAUGCUGCCAUUCUCAGCAAUGUGCGCAAUGAUCCGUCUUACCUAGCUGGAGCGCAUUCGCUUCCCGGCCAGCAGACACCGGGAGCCCAACGGGUCGAAGCUCGGAUGCCGCCUGUUGGCAACUUUGCUCCGCCGCCAAGCGUGGGUAAGGAAAACAAAAAGCGUCGUGCUCCCGUCGGGGGCCAAGUGGCCGGUAUUAGCACUGGAGGUGCUGCUCCCUCCCAACCAGCCGAACUUGUUGCAGGCGGGGCAAACCUCGCGGCGAAGUUUGGCAGUGUACAGGCUGGAAGCUUAAGCAAGCGAGCCAAGACACACCAUAAGCCGAGCCAACCUGAAGCUCCAGCUGUAUCACCAACUCUUACGCCUGCGCUUCCGGAGCCGUUACCACCAACGUCUAGCUCGGCAGCAUCGACUGAAGAGAUUGCUUUCUUUGACCGUGUCAAAAAGUUCAUCGGCAACAAGCAGACGAUGAAUGAGUUCUUGAAGCUCUGCAAUCUCUUCUCGCAGGACUUGAUUGCGAAGAAUGUACUAGUCCAUAAAGUCUCAAGCUUCAUCGGCGGAAAUCCAGAGCUGAUGACUUGGUUCAAGCGAUUCGUAAGAUACGAAGGAGGCGAUGAAGUCAUUGAGAAUAAACCAAGGCCCGAAAGCGAACGGGUCACUCUCAGUAAUUGUAGAGGCCUUGGCCCCAGCUACCGACUCCUUCCAAAACGAGAGCGGUUGCGGCCUUGUAGCGGACGGGACGAACUUUGCUGGCAAGUUUUGAAUGACGAAUGGGCUUCACAUCCUACCUGGGCCUCCGAAGACUCCGGGUUUGUCGCUCACAGGAAGAACAUUUUUGAAGAAGGACUUCAUCGCAUUGAAGAGGAGCGUCAUGAUUAUGACUUCAACAUUGAGACCUGCUUGAGGACUAUACAACUUCUGGAGCCCAUCGCACAACAAAUUGCACUCAUGUCCGAGGAAGAGAGGAAAACUUUUACUUUGCCCAAGGGUCUCGGUGGACAGAGCGAGACCAUUCCUCAACGAGUGAUCAAGAAAAUUUAUAACCGGGAGAGAGGCCAGCAAGUCAUUGAUGACAUGUUUUUACGACCCUGCGCUGUCGUCCCUAUUGUCCUUUUCAGGCUAAAACAAAAAGCGGAAGAAUGGAAAGCCAGUCAGCGUGAGUGGGAUAAGGUCUGGCGAGAGCAAACUCAAAAAAUGUACUGGAGGAGCUUGGAUCACCAAGGCAUCCACGCUAAGCAAGCAGAUAAAAAGCGUUUUCAAACGAAGACUCUGCGCGAAGAAAUCUACACCAAGCUCGAGGAACAGAAGCGGCAACGGCUUAUCCCAUGGAGCACUGUCCCGAAAUACCAAUUCGCUUACACCUUUGAAGAUACCGAAGUCAUUCUAGACGCUGUGCACCUGCUCCUGACUCACUUGGAAUAUGCGCAUCCAGGCAAUGUUUCCGACCAUCAAAAGUUGAAGAAUGUCAUUGAGGACUUUAUUCCGGCUUUCUUCAGCCUUGACCCCGAAAAAUUUCAGCAGCACAUGAAAGACACCUAUCUCAAUGGCUCUCCAGCCAAUGAAGAUAUGGAAGAUGAGACCCCGGGCUCAGAGGAAGCACCGUCUUCGAGAAGUCGUCGUGGCCAGAAUGCAAGCAAAUCCGACCUUCUACGUGGAGUCCUCCAGCGAGGUCGCAACAGCAAAUCUUCUCGCAAGGAAAAGGAGGGAAGUGCUAUGUCUGGAAGUAAAGAAUCCACUCCGGACAUUAGCUCCGCCGUCGAAGAUGAGAUCAGCAGACCUGUCGAGAACGGAACAGGCUCUGUCACUCCUACUGAGACUACGGUUGAAAAAUGGAUUGAGCAUCCUGUGUCUGGCAACAUUCGCAGCAAAAGAAAUGUUCCGCCGAAUGGACCCUACAAACGAGACACGUACAAUCUCUACUGCAACUUGAACGUUUAUUGCUUCUUCAGAAUGUUUCAAGUAUUGUAUGAGCGUCUAUCCCAGAUCAAGCAGUAUGAAGACAAUGUCCACGAGGACAUUCGAAGAGCAAUGCUUCCGAAACCGGCGCGUGACCUUAAGGCCAUCGAUAAGCUUCCUUCUGACUUCUUUGAGGACAUAAGCCCUAGUGCAAACUAUUAUCACCAGGUACGGAGGAUGUGCGAGGAAGUUGUGAAAGGAGAGAUGGACAUGAGCCACCUUGAGGACGCUCUGCGACGAUAUUAUCGGCCGGUGGGUUGGCAACUUUACACGUUGGAGAAGCUCCUCAGCACGUUGACUAGGUUUGCUCUUGCAAUCUUGAUCAGUGAUGCCAAGGAUCGAAGCAACGAUAUAAUUAAUCUAUUCCUGAAAGACCGAGAGAAGGAGGAGACCACUCACCAGACGGAAUUGAAUUAUCGAAAGCAGGUUGAGAAGUUAACCAAAGAUGGGGACAUAUUCCGCAUUACUUAUAAUGCCCCCACAACAAAAACUACUGUUCAAGUCUUCAAGAAGGAUGAUACGACCUUUGACACUGAUGAGUUGACCGCGGAAGCGAAAUGGUCCUACUACAUCUCUUCGUAUACUAUGGUUGAACCGACCGAGGGUAUUCCGCUUGAAAAGCUUCGCAUGCCUUUCCUGAAGCGCAACCUCCCACCUCAAUCGGAUUCUGACACUGAACUUGCGGCACGAUAUACGCCACAAGAGACAAACGAGAACCUCGUCAUCCGUGUCUGCGUAAACAGCUAUAAAAUCCUUUAUGAGCCAAACACCACGGAGUGGUGGUAUCACGCCCCGAAAUCGGUCUCUGAAAACGCCGAAGUCUCCCAACAAGCCGAGCGAAUCAAGGAGAAGCGGAAUAGCAGGUUUCAAGAGAAGUUUAUCAUGAACAACGAAUGGAUGAAAGGACUCAGUCGUGAUGAAGUCGAUCGGAAGAACGAAGAUUUUAAUACUUGGAUCAGGGACGGGGUGACUGCCAGCCAAAAGGACGGAAGUGGACCAGUCAAAGACGAUGAUGAGGCUAUGGCGGAUGUUUAGUUGUUUUUCGCUCGUGGUGUGCUGAACCUCCAUUUGUCGACGAAACCCUGCAAAUCAAUGACUGUCUAUUUCAUUUUGAGUUGAGUGGCGUUUUGUGUCAGGUCGGGUAGGACACCCUUCAAUCUGGAUAAUUGCGGUUUGUUUACUCUAUUCGUCUUACCAAGGUGAUGAGGGAUACCUUCAAAAACUUUCCAUGUAUCAUAUAUAUAAUUGUCAACUGCAUCAUGCCU